AUGGCUUCUUCAAUUCGACCUACUCUUUCUCUCUUCAAUCGCUCUCCUCGUCUCUCUUUCUCCCAUUUUUCAACCGUAGUUCCACAAUCCAAGAGCUUUGGCUUGAAAGCGUGUAGAAUGUUUAGAAAAAAUGGAAACUCCGUUAGACUUAUGGCAUCUGGGAACGUCAACGUGUCUUCGUCACUCACUGCUUCUUCACCAGAAAACGUACUGGAAUGGGUCAAACAAGAUAAAAGAAGAAUGCUUCAUGUUGUUUAUCGUGUUGGCGACUUGGAUAGAACCAUUAAAUUCUAUACUGAGUGCCUGGGAAUGAAGCUCCUUAGAAAACGUGACAUACCGGAGGAGAAAUAUACUAAUGCUUUUCUUGGAUAUGGACCUGAGGACUCACACUUUGUUAUUGAACUCACCUACAAUUAUGGAGUUGAGAAGUAUGAUAUUGGAACUGGAUUUGGCCAUUUUGGUAUUGCUGUUGAUGAUAUUACAAAAACAGUCGAACUAAUAAGAGCUAAGGGGGGCAAAAUAUCUAGAGAACCUGGUCCUGUCAAAGGAGGCAAAACAGUAAUUGCAUUUAUUGAGGAUCCUGAUGGUUACAAAUUUGAACUUUUGGAAAGAGGCCCCACUCCUGAGCCCUUGUGCCAAGUGAUGCUUCGAGUGGGUGAUCUUAACCGUUCAAUCGAGUUUUAUGAGAAGGCUUUUGGUAUGGAGCUGCUUCGAACACGAGAUAAUCCAGAGAACAAGUAUACCAUAGCAAUGCUGGGUUAUGGUCCAGAAGAUAAAACUACUGUUCUAGAGUUGACAUACAAUUAUGGAGUCACUGAAUAUGAUAAAGGAAAUGCUUAUGCUCAGAUUGCAAUAGGUACAGAUGAUGUGUACAAAACUGCAGAAGCGAUUAAACUAUCCACUGGAAAGGUUACUCGGGAACCUGGACCAUUGCCUGGUAUCAACACAAAAAUUACUGCAUGCUUGGAUCCCGAUGGAUGGAAGACGGUUUUUGUAGAUAAUAUUGAUUUUCUUAAGGAGUUGGAGUAG